AUGGCCAGCGCCAGCCAAAGUACAUGGCGUGGUCAUCAUUAUUUAUCUCCGGUCUCCCAGUCCGACGCCAUCCCCGUAUCUGGACGGCGUGACAUAAGUAUGACGGCGAACUCCUCUGAAAAUGGACGAUGGCACAGAACCUCGCCGUCUCCUCGAGAACUAGAAAAGCUAGCAACCAUAUUUGAAACUGGUGCGGCGGAUACUUGGAAAAGGCUCCACGGCAGAGACUGGAGAACGUCGGGUGACUCCCGUUAUUAA